AUGAAGGAGGAAAUCAAGAUAGGUGGGAGAAGGUCGAAGCUGGCAGUGGUGCAAUCUGUGACAGUGAAGCUGCUCAUAGAGGAAGAAUUUCCAAAUUACGAAUGUCCCGUGCUAGCAUUACAGACUCUGGGGGACCAAGUGCAGCAGAAGCCGCUGUACUCGUUCGGUGGCAAGGCUCUAUGGACCAAAGAGCUGGAGGACAGGCUUUACGACGCGGAUCCGGCGAAGAAGAUAGAUCUGAUUGUGCAUUCGCUCAAAGACAUGCCAACGCUCCUGCCUGAAGGCUUCGAGCUGGGCGGUAUCACGAGGCGAGUGGAUCCCACCGACUGUCUGGUGAUGCCCUUGGGGUCACCUUACAAGAAUUUGAGUGAUUUGCCCGCUGGAAGCGUCGUUGGGACGUCUUCUGUGAGAAGGUCCGCUCAAUUGAGGCGGAAAUUCCCCCAACUGAAGUUCGAAAGCAUUAGAGGCAACAUUCACACAAGACUACAAAAAGUUGAUGACCCUGAGAGCCCUUACGAAUGCAUAAUCCUUGCCUCUGCCGGUCUUAUACGGAUGGGUUUGGAAAAUAGAAUCACAGAGAGGUUCACUUCUGAAGUCAUGUACCAUGCAGUGGGCCAGGGAGCGUUAGGUCUAGAGAUCAGAAAGGAUGACACUCGUGUCUUGCGGGUGCUCGAAAAGAUCACAGACCUGGAGAGUACUGUAUGCUGUUUGGCGGAGCGUGCUUUGAUGAGAACCCUCGAGGGAGGCUGCUCUGUUCCAAUUGGAGUUGAAUCGUCGUAUGACAUCGAGACGAAGAAACUUGUGCUCCGGGGGAUCGUCGUGAGCGUUGAUGGCUCAAUGGCAGUAGAAGAUUGCCAAGAGCUCCUGAUCAAUGAUGUCCGGGAAGAUUCGAUGAAGUGCGGCAGACUUUUGGCAGAGAAAAUGAUGGCCGAUGGCGCCAAGCAAAUUCUGGACGAUAUCAACCUUGAUAGAAUCGAUCAAUAG